AUGGUUCCAAAUCGACCGGCGGUUUCGCCACCGCCACAAAUGGGUCCUACACCGCUUGAGAAACACUACCAUCAACUUCAGUUCAAGGUGCAGGCCGGCUACUGGCGGGUGCAUUCGGCUCGAACGUUAUGCGGUGACAAGGUUGGUUCGGUCCUCAUUUCUAAAAUUCACCCAGUACCUUCACUAGAAUUCCUCGCGUUCGGCACUGAAGCUGUUUAUGCUUCACUGGACAAUGUGGUCAUCGAAGAGGGAAUCGAACGUCUCGAAAUGAAAUUAGGCGUGCUUCAGAUAAUCGACGGCCUAUCAUAUUUGCAUAACUCAGCAAAGAUUCUUCACGGGAACCUCACACCAGCUUCGAUUUAUGUGACUAACAGCCGACUUUGGAAAAUUGCAGGAUUCUCAUUUGCAGUGGCUGCAAAAGAGCCCGACUGCUACCCAUGCUAUCCAUGGACGAAAAAGUUACCGCCAAUCCUACAGCCGGAUCUCGACUUUCUCGCUCCAGAAUAUCUUGCCCCCAACCAGCAAACGGUCACAUCGGCUGCUGACGUCUUCUCGCUCGGUGUCCUCAUCUGCUGGAUAUAUGCCGGUGGGAAAAGAUUGAUCGACGCCAAGAACAACUUGGAGACUCACGCCAUCAUAUGCGGCCAGUUGAACGAGGCACUGAACUGCAUCUCUGAGGAGUUGGGAUCGAAUCUAAGAGAAUCGAUGGGAAAAGUGCUCAGCUUGGACGUGGAGGUGCGGCCUACAGUGCAGUUGCUAGCUUUGAUAAAGCACUUCGACGAUCCAGCUCUAUCGGCACUUCGACAACUCGACGACAUCUCACAAAUGUUCGAUCCAUCUCAAAAAGCCCAUUUUCUUGGCCAAACACUUGUGUCCGCCUUGCCGGUGAUUCCUGAAAAUAUUUGGUUCUCACGGGUGCUGCCGCGUUUCAAUGAGCAGCUGUUCGAUUCGCAUGAGCUGUUCUCAGCUCUCAGCAAACCGCUAUUUUUCAUGCUUGACCAUUGCGAAAGUCAUAAUAUCCACAAGUUGAGGACGUGGAUGAGGAAGAUUCUUGACCAUACCUCACAAAAACCGGUUAGUUCAGCUUUCACUCCUUUUUUUUNUUUUUUUUGUAGAACUGCAUCGAUUUCUGACCUCGCUUGCACAAACUUGCACAAAAAAUGGACGGCACAGUUGUUGUGCGCUCUUUGA